AGAAAGUUCAACUUCAACCCCAACUGCAGUUGUCCCAGAAAGUCCAGCUUCAACCCCAACUGCAACAGCUGGAACAGCAACACCGUCAACAUUAACAUCAGUAAAUCCAAGUGGUACAUCAUUAACGUCUGCAGUUCCCACAACCCCUCCAGAUCCUUGUAAAGGAAACACUUGCGGUCGUGGGAGCACUUGCGUGCCUAUGUACACAGACUAUAUAUGCACAUGUCUGGUUGGCCAAAGCUACAAUGACACUCUUAAAACUUGUGAAAAUGCCAAGGUUUUCCCUGGACAACUACAAAUGACGACAAUUGCAUAUAAACCAGAAAUGAGCAACUCAAAUUCACCAGAGUUUAACAUGGCCUCAUAUCUAAUUAUUGCUGAGAAAAGACUACUUCAUGCCCAGUUAGAUGAUGGCUUACACAAAACAACUUUAUUUUCCAUGUUACAGCUGGAUAACCUGUUCAAGAACGAGGCGAGUUAUGAUAAAUCCAUAGUUCACAAAAUUGAGGAACCACAAACAAAAAUUUGGAAACGACAGUCUGGGAUUGUCGCAUCUGUGGACAUCAUCUUCAAUGCAAAUUCUGAAAUCAAAUCAGGAGACGUAAAUGAUAUUCUCAAGGAAAUGCUUAAUGCCAUUUUCACUCAAACAAACCUGUGUGAUAACAAACCCUGCGAUAAACUAACCACAGAGUGUACAUCUGCAAAUGGAGUUUUCAACUGCACAUGUUUCAGUGGGUACAUUAAGAACCCCUUCAGUGAAAGAUCAUGCAGCCUUUGUCCCAGUGGCACAAAACUAGAGAAUUCUGAAUGUGUUAGUUGUCCAUUCGGUCUGUCUGGGAUAAACUGCACUGAAUCUUGGAAGCUGGCUCUGGUAAUCACAGCCUGUGUACUCGGAGCGCUGCUUCUCAUUGUGACUGCCAUGCUGCCAGUUAUUGCACGGAAGUCCAAGAGCUCCAAAAAAAGCAAAGAGAGUAACUUUGGAAAUCCUCAAGCAAGUCAAUCUACCAAAGCACCAACUGGUGGUGCCAGUGGAUGGAUGCCUAGGAUCCCACGGGCCGCACCCAAAAGUAGCUGGGACCGCGGCACCAACCUGGAGAUGACCCCAAGCGACAGCCACCAAAACCUGAUUCCUGGAGAAAAGAACCCGCGGCUGUACGAAGACAUAAAUGAUAGGAGUGGCAGCCAAUAUGGUCAGAACCGGCCCCAGUACAACCCAUACGGUCAGAAUCGAGCUACCACCAACCCAUACGCUCAGAGCCGAGGCCAGGCCAACCCAUACUACGCACACGAUGACGGCGAGAGGCUGAAUUAAGGAGCUUUUUUCCAACGUCAUUGAUCAAAGGUGUCAUAAGCUGGAACACCAACACCUCUUAACAGUCAUCUAUAAAACACUUUGUACAGUCUGAUUUCUCACCAACUGUAAUAUACAUUUUUAGCUCUCUACUUGUCAGAUUGUGUGCA